AUGGCAGUGAACAAUCUUGUCGGCCCUAUUCCAUCAUCCAUCGACAGACUUCAUAAGCUGUGUACUCUGUUCUUAGAGCAGAACAAGUUCACAGAACUUCCAUCUUCGAUUGGUAAUUUGACUUCGUUGAUUACUCUCAACUUGGGAGAAAACGACAUCCAUGGAAGCAUACCUCCGAGUUUGGGCAAUUGUCAUAACUUGUUGGAAUUACACCUUUACAACAAUAAUCUCAAUGGUUCAAUACCCCCUGAAAUUAUGAGUCUCUCGUCCAUUUCAAAAUUCCGCUGGUUAGGUCACAAUGCACUAACUGGUUCCCUACUAUCAGAAGUUGGGUAUUUGAAAAAUUUUGCAAACAUGAAUGUGUCUUAUAAUAAAUUAUCAGGACCCAUACCAAACACUCUAAGCAAUUAUUUUAGUCUGGAAUGGCUUCACUUGGAGGCUAAUUCAUUUGAGGGAGAGAUACCUCAAAGCUUGAGAUUGAUGAGGGGCUUAAGAGUAUUGGAUCUUUCGCACAACAAUUUGUCGGGGCUGAUCCCAAGUUAUCUAGGUGAGUUUCAACUAGAUAUGUUGAAUUUGUCUUUUAAUAAACUACACGGACAAGUUCCCAUACAAGGAGUGUUUGGAAAUUCAGGUGCAAUUUCAAUUGUUGGAAAUAAUGAUCUAUGUGGAGGUAUUGCAAAAUUAGACCUUCCUCCUUGUUCAUCCUCCUACUCAAGCAAGAAUAAGCUCUCUCAUAGGACAAAAGUGAUCCUAGUGGUGGUUGGUGUUGUGAUAUUUUUAUCUUUGUUAGUUAGCUUCUUUAUAUUUCUUCAACUGUAUCAUGUUUCAAAAAAGGUGGCUUCUUCCACGCCAUCAAUCAUGCAUCAAUUUUUGGGGGUUUCUUAUGCAAAUCUUCUCAAAGCCACCAAUGGAUUCUCAAAGGCUAAUCCAAUUGGUAUUGGGAGCCAUGCUUCAGUUUACAAAGGGAUUCUUGAUCAAUAUCAGAUGGUUGUGGCAGUGAAAGUGCUCAAUCUUCAGACUGGAGGAGCCUCUAGGAGCUUCAUGAUAGAAUGCAAAGCACUAAGAGCCAUAAAGCACCGAAAUCUAUUAAAAAUUUUAAGUGUUUGUUCUAGUGUGGAUUUCCAUGGUAAUGAAUUCAAAGCUUUGGUGUAUGAAUUUAUGGCCAAUGGAAACUUAUGCAAAUGCCUACAUCAAGUUGGAGUGGGAGACCACAGACAGCUAGAAGAACCCAGAAAUUUUAAACUACUCAAGAGGCUGGACAUUUCGGUUGAUGUCGCUUCUGCACUUGAGUGCUUUCAUUGUGGUUGUGAGUCGACAAUUAUUCAUGGUGAUUUGAAACCAAGUAAUGUUCUUUUGGAUGAUGGGAUGACAGCUCAUAUUGGAGAUUUCGGGUUAGCAAAAAUUAUUUCUACCAUUUCAAGUGAUGUGGCUCAAGGUCAAACCAAUUCAAAUGCAAUAAGGGGAACCAUCGGCUAUGUUGCUCCAGGUACAAAAUCUUUUCUAUUGCCUUGGAGUAGAAAAACUGAACUUGCAAUAGGAAAAGUAAUUGAGAGGGAAAUUUAUGUCUAA